ACAAAUAAAUUUUUAGUCCUGUAAGGACGAUCUAUCUCGACCCUCGCUCUCCUCAAGACCUGAAGAUGCCUAAGGUUCCCUCAGGAAAAGUUGCCGCCAAGCACAAAUUCGUUAUCGACUACUCGAAGCCCGCCUCUGAUGGUGUCUUUGACGGUGCAGACUUUGAAAAGUUCCUUCACGACCGCAUCAAGGUUGAGGGAAAGGCUGGACAGCUCGGAGAGAAUGUUAAGAUCGUCCGUGACGGCCAGAGCAAGCUAACCGUCACCUCUAACAUCCCCUUCUCUAAGAGAUACCUUAAAUACCUCACCAAAAAGUUCUUGAAGAAGAAUCAGCUUCGCGACUGGAUUCGAGUGGUUGCAUCUUCCAAGGAUAAUUACCAAUUGCGCUUCUACAAUAUCGCGACAACCGCUGGUGAUGAUGAGGACGAGGAAUAGGCCUAUUACUGCUGCGUUUACCACUGCGGUUCUUCUGUAUCGACAUGAGCUGUACCUGUGCGCAAUUCUGCGCGUUACUUACCAAACAGGAUUUGCAGUCAAAACUCCAUUUUUUCGCACUCGGGAACCACUCAUUGUAUAGGUUAAGUGAGUAUACUAGGCAUAAUAGAUUAGCUAUACAACAGGAUAAAACAGAAAACAUUUGAAAAUUUUGGACACCUAGUAUGUUUUAACCCCUAGUCAUGAGUGAUAUUACCUACUUGUGAAAUGAAAUUUCUCUGUUAUUCCCCGAG